AUGUCAGGACUCGAAGGGCUCGCCGCUCUCGGCCUGGCUUGUAGUAUUUUCCAGACCGUCAGCUUCGGCCGUGAAACCUUGGCUCUGGUCAAAGAAGUCUAUCAGAAUGGUAGCAUAGACCACACACUUGUACACAAGAGUACUGCAAUACAAGGGGUGGCAUCAGACAUUGUUGCAGUCGAGAUUCCACGGCCCCUUGGCCAGUAUGAGCAGAAACUCUUCGACGUUACGAAGAAAUGCACCGGGUUUGCAAGAGAUUUGAAAGAAGAGAUUGCCUUCCUCAUGGGACACAACAUCAAGGGUAGCCUUCGAGCCACACUUAAAACAGCAGUCAAGGUGAAUUGGCGUAAACGCCGGCUUGAGAGGAUGGAAAGAGACCUGGCCGACUCUGAGCAGCUGAUGCAAAGCUCUUUACUUGUGUGGAUCUUCAAAUCGAUAAACACAGCCAGCGUGAACAUCGAUUCCCUCGAGGAGAGCGUGAGGCACUUCGUGAUCAAGUAUGACCAGGGGCACAGGCAGACAUCUGAGCUUGUGUCCGAAGAGGCUCUGCGGGUGCGAGAGACUAUCAUACGAGAGGCCGGAAAGACGGACAUGGCCAUGCGAGACCAUGUCACCCAGACUGUUGCAAGUGUCGAGCAGAAGUUCAAAGAUCAUUUUUCGCAAACCAGCACAGAGCGGCGCAAAGAGAGGCUACUCAACAGUUUCAAGUAUCCUGGCCUGAAUGAGCGCGCCAACCAGGUCGAGGACGCCCAUCCACUAACUUUUCGCUGGUUUUUCGCAGACCAAGACGACCUGAGUCCCAGCAAUGACAGGAAUUAUACCAAUGAUGAGCGCAAUAAUACAAAAGUGACGCCUGAGAUGGUCUGGAGCAGCUUUACCGACUGGCUGCAAUCACAUCUUGGCAUCUACUGGAUCAUGGGCAAGCCAGGAUCGGGCAAAUCCACGCUUUCCAAGUUCAUCCUGUCCCAGCCUCACACCAAGAUCUUAUUGGAAAGGUGGCGCCGCGAUGUCAUCGUGGCGAGUCAUUAUUUCUGGCGUCCAGGAAAUAUCAUGCAACGGAGCAUCAAGGGCAUGCUUUGUUCCAUCGCGCGCCAGCUCGUGCUGGCCAUACCGGAUGCAUUGCAAUACGCAUCGCUCAACGUCCGCAGCCUCGACCAAAAAGAUGCUGACACAGACUGGGCAGUUCCGGAGUUGCAGCGAUUGUGUUUGGGCCUGGUCAGACACUCUGGUAAACCCCUCUGCCUUCUGAUUGACGGGCUAGAUGAGUGCGGCCCAGAGGACGGCCACCAGGAGCUUUUGGACAUUCUGGAAAGGUUCCAGUCACAGGAUGUCAAGAUAAUCGCGUCGAGCCGAGAUGAGCCAGUCUUUGAAAGACGAUUCAGACAUCAGCCACAGCUUCGCAUCCAGGACCUGACGCGUGGCGACCUGCGGACUUAUGCAACUACCAAGCUUCAUGAUGAGAUUCGAAAGGACCCCUCGUUUGCUUCGCAUCUGGCCAGUCAAGCUGAGGGCGUCUUUCUUUGGUUGGUUUUGGCAGUACAGAGCCUCAACCGAGGCUGCGAAAACGGAGAAAGCAAUGCAGAGCUUCGCAAGAGGCUGGAAAAUUUACCUCAGCGCCUCAACGACAUGUACAGGGACAUGUGCAUAAGGGACGGGCUCAGCAUCGCGGAGAUGAUGCUUGCUUCAUUCGAAGGUUCUCACCAUGGGUUUGCGGAUGCCUCUGCAAUCUCAGAAAGCCAUUUCCUGGAAGAAUGUGAAAGGUUCUGUAGAAGAGUCCAGGUGCGUUGCGCGGGACUUCUCGUGAACACGGGAAGGUCAACGGAACCUAGACAAGGGGGCUUGGGGGUUACGCGAUUUGCAAUUCUUGGGUACGCAAAUAAGGAAGCGGGGUUUCAAUUCAUCCACCGCAGUGCGCAAGACUUCCUUGUCGACACAAUGGAGGGACGGGAUAUCCUAAGACAUGAUGGGACGCCGGCAGAGGACCUUGACUUACAAAUCCUCAGUGCCAGUGUCAGGACCGCUAAGCUCCUUUCGAUGAUGCGUGGAUCCUCGCCUCUGUCUUUAAACUUGGACAACUUCCUCUCCGACCUCUCCAUCGUUGCGCAUGCCAGAGAAGGCGCCGUGAUAGCGCUUCUCUCGCGCUACUAUGAGCUAUACAUCUCAGCAGACCUUUUAUCAGACCAAUUUGACAGGCGUUACACACGCCCGGCAAACUUUUUCGGUUUCGUCGCAUUGUACUCUAAUCUAAACCGACAUGCUGUUUCCAUUGUCAAAGACCAGGUUCUGGGACGCAGUCUCAGGUCAGCCGUUCUGUUGUGCGCUCUGGAUCGACGGGAGGGUCUUCCUAUCGAAUUGACUCGACGACUGCUUCGUCUCCCUGAGGUCGACGUCAACCUCAAAUGUCCCGUGUUGUUACCCAGGCAAGGUGCGUUAUCAGUGGUCUACGGCUCUGAGAUUGGCCCUCUGGACCAUGUGGAGUCAUCACCUUUUACCAGGCUUCUGGGGAUUGGCCUGGAAACCUUGGAUUGGAGACCGCUGGCAAGAGAACAGACUCGGGCCUCCCAUGCAAAACUUCAAUUUUUAAACCUCGUGUCAGAAUUCGCCCUUCGUGGCGCCGACUUUCACAGUACAGUGUUUCUGGCCUUUCGUCUGCACACUCGGAAAGACAUGGCAACACUUGACACGAGGGAACAAGUCUGGCCAGGAGGACUUUUUCAGAUUCCCGGCUGGGACUCUUCCAAUCAGCACCCAUUUGAAUACGGUGACGGUAGUAUUCUCUGCGUCAUGGCCCUUCAGCCAACAACCGUGAUCCAGAAGAUGCUAGCUAGCCUGCUCAAGACAGACUUGAUCUUGGACGACAUUGACAAGGCCGAACAUAGUUCCGGUGAGGACGAUUCUGACUUGGUGAAUCUUGCCAAGUCCAUUUCAGUCUUGUCCCAGAAGUGUCAAGAGCACGAGUGCGGAGCGAGUGAUCAUUUUGUUGGCUUUCUCCAGCCGUUCGAGAAUUUUGCCGACGUGCCAUAUCGGCAACUCAGUGAUGAGGACUCUGCCAGUCUAACAAAUUUGAUGCUUACAUGCAUUUUUGAUGGGGUGGAAGUGGAUCAAGUGAUUAUAAGAAGGUUUAGAGAGGCUGUCGUAAGAAGCCCAUUCUCUAAUAUUGGCUUCAGGGACUACCUGAGGGGCUUAGGAUGUUUCGAUAACCUUGCCGCUGAAAAGCUGUUAUCGGAGUAUCAAGAAGAGCACAGAGGUUUAUUUCACUAUUAGGAGGUGACCAAGGAUAGAAAGAACUGUCAAGUACAAGACAAAAAAGAUUCAAGUUGUUCCUCAAAAG